CAAUGCGCAGUGGAAGCCAUGUUGGAGCUACAUUGGAUUCAGGCUGGGAUUUUCUGACGCCGUAUGUUUUUCUGUAAUUAUUUGUUUCCUAAUAUUGUUGGGGUUUCGUACACCGCGCGCGUUCGGCGCCGUAAUCGGCAGUGGAAAUGAUGAACUCCAGUGUCGACCUGUCCCGGAGGAAUCCGCAGGAGGAUUUCGAGCUGAUCCAGAGGAUAGGAAGCGGCACAUACGGAGAUGUGUACAAGGCUCGUAAUGUAAACACAGGAGAGCUGGCUGCAAUCAAAGUCAUCAAACUGGAGCCAGGUGAGGACUUUGCUGUCGUCCAGCAGGAGAUCAUAAUGAUGAAGGACUGUAAACACUCCAACAUCGUGGCCUACUUUGGCAGUUAUCUCCGGAGAGAUAAGUUAUGGAUCAGUAUGGAGUACUGUGGAGGAGGUUCUCUGCAGGAUAUCUAUCACAUUACCGGGCCUUUGUCAGAGUCACAGAUCGCCUACAUGUCACGGGAGACCCUACAGGGUUUAUACUAUUUACACAAUAAAGGCAAAAUGCACAGAGACAUCAAGGGAGCCAACAUCCUCCUGACAGACAACGGCUACGUUAAGCUAGCUGACUUUGGUGUAUCGGCCCAGAUCACAGCGACUCUAGCCAAGAGGAAGUCGUUCAUUGGAACCCCGUACUGGAUGGCUCCAGAGGUAGCAGCAGUGGAGAGGAAAGGAGGUUACAACCAGCUGUGUGAUAUCUGGGCUGUGGGCAUUACUGCAAUUGAGCUGGCUGAACUGCAGCCCCCCAUGUUUGACCUGCACCCCAUGAGGGCUCUCUUCCUAAUGACCAAGAGCAAUUUCCAGCCUCCUAAGUUGAAAGAUAAACUCAAGUGGACAAAUAACUUCCACCAUUUUGUCAAACUGUCCCUCACCAAGAACCCAAAGAAGAGGCCCACAGCUGAGAAACUGCUGCAGCACCCGUUUGUGUCGCAGCCUCUCAGCAGGACUCUGGCGAUAGAACUGCUGGACAAAGCCAACAACCCCGACCACAGCACCUUCAACGACUUUGAUGAUGACGACCCUGAGCCAGAGUCUCCGGUCUCUGUUCCUCAUCGCAUUCGUUCCACCAGCAGGAGCACCAGAGAGGGAAAGACGCUGUCAGAGAUCAACUUUGGACAGGUGAAGUUUGAUCCUCCAUUGAGAAAGGAGACAGAACCUCAUCAUGAGCCGUGUGAAUCUGAGCCCUAUCUGGACUGUGUUGAGGAGCUCUACUAUACCGCCAGAUCUAAUAUGGAAUUGCAGUUGGAGUAUGGCCACGACUCACCAAGUCUACUGGGAGGAAACAAGAGUCUUCUCAAAUCUGUGGAGGAGGAGCUGCAGCAGAGGGGCCAUGUGGCACACUUAGGGGAUGAUGAGGAUGAGGAUGAUGAUGGUGCAGAUGAUGAUGAAACUCACACUCAUAAAUCCAGCACCAUCAUGAGGCCAAAGGUCCCGCCUCCACUUCCUCCCAAGCCCAAGUCCAUCACGUCCACCACGUCCCAACAGCAACAAAAACACGACGAGAGCCAGUCACACAGUGAGGACGACGGCGGAGGGGGAGGUACCAUCAAACGCUGCCCAGUCCCGGAGACGUCAAGCCCGGCAAAGGCAGCCUCCAAUGUCCCCCCGCGACCCCCGCCCCCGAAGCUGCCACCCCACCGCCGCAGUAGCCUAGGUAACGAGAGCCCCAAGUGCACGGACGUGGAAAACUCUGCCCCAGAGGAUGAUGGGAGCUUUAGACAUUUCUGGGAGUGGCUCCACACGCCUCACACAGAGGAGGAGCUGGAGGAGGCAUGGGAGGUGCUGAAGGAGGUGAAAGAGGAGCAGGAAAAAGAGGAGGAAAAGGAAGAGAGUAAUGGCUUGAGUUCUCCACAUACUGGAGAGAGGGACAGUCCAGCAGAAAGGCAGUCCACUAUGCCCCCUAGUGUCCCCAUACGGAAAGACAAGAAGGACGUCGCUCCGAAGCCGAUCAGUAAUGGACUCCCACCAACACCAAAAGUUCAUAUGGGUGCAUGUUUCUCCAAGGUGUUCAACGGUUGUCCUUUGAAGAUCCACUGCGCGACAUCCUGGAUCAAUCCCGACACCAGAGACCAGUAUUUGAUAUUUGGAGCUGAAGAGGGAAUCUACACAUUAAACCUUAAUGAACUGCACGAGACCUCGAUGGAACAGCUCUUCCCUCGGCGGUGUACCUGGCUAUACGUCAUGAACAACUGUCUUCUCUCCAUAUCCGGCAAAGCCUCUCAGCUGUACUCUCAUACUCUGAGCGGUCUGUUUGAGCAGGCCAGACAGUUACAGAAGUUACCAGUAGCCAUUCCCACACACAAGCUGCCUGAUAAGAUGAUUCCCAGAAAGUUUGCUGUGUCUAAUAAAAUUCCAGACACUAAAGGGUGCCAAAAGUGCUGUGUAGUCCGUAACCCGUACACAGGCCAUAAGUACCUGUGUGGAGCCUUUCAGUCCAGUGUCAUGCUGUUGGAGUGGGUGGAGUCCAUGCAGAAGUUUAUGCUCAUCAAGAACAUCGACUUCCCGUUGCCCUGUCCACUGGAGGUCUUUGAGAUGUUGGUGGUGCCGGAGCAGACCUACCCUCUGAUCUGCGUGGCGGUCAGUAAAGGCACGGAACUCAACCAGGUGGUUAAGUUUGGCACCGUCAACCCCAACUCUACCUCCUCGUGGUUCACAGAAGCAGACACACCGCAGACGUGUGUGAUCCACGUCACCCAGCUAGAGAGGGACACUAUUCUAGUCUGCCUCGACAGGUGUAUAAAGAUAGUGAACCUCCAGGGCAGGUUAAAAUCCAGUAGGAAGUUGUCAGCUGAGCUCACCUUCAACUUCCAGAUCGAAUCAACAGUUUGUCUUCAGGAUAGUGUACUAGCCUUCUGGAGGCAUGGCAUGCAGGGGCGGAGUUUCAAGACCAACGAGAUCACCCAAGAGAUCUCCGACAGCACACGCAUCUUUAGACUACUGGGAUCAGACAGACGUGCUGACGGUAUAGAUCCGGGGGCGGAGGAAAGAGGCCUCACUCUGCCCAGGGUGGUGGUGCUGGAGAGCAGGCCUACGGACAACCCUACAGCCCACAGCAACCUUUACAUCCUGGCAGGUCAUGAGAACAGCUACUGAGACUCACAAACACAAAAAAACACACUCUCUAAGCAGCCACUAAUGCAGACAAGGGGGUUGAGCAACUCGAAGAUACAGUCAGCCCAAUCUUACCGCUUACCCAACCCAAAAACUCCUGUCGGCCAUUUAACUGGGAGAUGAGGGAGCUGUUCGUGGGCGCCGAUGUGGACUCCCAGUUGCAGACAUUAAAAUAAACCACAGUGUUACAUGUGUACUAGCUAAGCGUGUUGUAGUAGAGCAGCGGGUUGUCGACACUUAUCUGACACAGUGAGGUUUAAAACUGCUGGUCUGUACCCAGAAUCCUUCCUGAUACCCUCCCCUGCACACUGCACACUGGGAAAAAAAACUGCUUCCAGCACAGAAGUCUGACUUCAACACUACUUCUACUACUUCUUGUACACAUACUACAACUACUACUGCUACUGCUAAUUGUGCUAAAGCUUUACAGAAGAGCCACCUUGCACAGGAAAAUCUGUCCUUCAUCUAUUCGUGUCUCCCUCCUCUUCUUCUUUCCUUCUCUCCCAUUUUUUUUAAACUACACUUUUAUUUAUUGUGGCAUGAUGUAACUUUAGCGAACAGGAUGGCUCACCUGUUUCAUUUGAUUAUUAUUUUUUUUUUUUAAGGAUAAAGAGAAGAGAAAAAAAAGACUAAAAAGCUUUGCCACCUCUGCUAGCAAUGAAUUCCAAUACCCGUCACCACACCACACAAGUGCUUAAUUGACCUCUAUUUAAUUGUUGUAAAUAUAAAUGUAGUAUUUUUUGACAGAGCCAAACACUAAAAGACUGGUCAUGUAGAUAGGUGUGUGUAUAGUCGCUCUGUACAUCUGUGGAGACCGACAGAGAGACAAGGCGGGCAUGGAAGAGUUACGGGGCUGUAGAUGAAUUCCCCCCCCCCUGCUGUCUCCUCAGGUGGACAGCUUAGGUAACAUGAUACUACUCUAAUAACAAUCUGGAGCUCAGGAUUGACCUGAGCAGACACAGCAAGCAGCACCGAUUGGUCAUUUUCUUAAAGCAUGACUCACCCUCAAACCCCCUGCACAUUCUGCACGUCGUCACGGCUGCAGACGUUAGUAAGUUCCAGUCGUUUUACGUUUUUUUUUUCCUCACUUUUUGACAUCAUUUUUUGUUUUGUUUUUUAAAUUCUAUUUUAAUCAGAAAGUUAUUUUUUUUUCCAUUUAAUACUUUUCUUUAUCGAACCACUGGUGUUAAAAUUUUGCACAGAGAAAAUGGUAUUUGACAAACAAAUGUGACGUCAUUAUAAUAUAUGACCCUGUGUGUGUAUGCACAGUGUGUAGGUAUGUGUGUGUGUGUAGACAUAGAGUUAUGCACAUACUAAGUGCAUCAUGUACAGAUCCGGUCUUAAACAAGUAACAGUUUUAUUUCUGCCUGAUGUCCAACAAGAAAAAAAAAGCUGAAAGACACACAGAAAGAUUUUAUUUUAUAUUUAUCCAGAACACUUGGUUGAUUUUAACUUUCAGCCACGAUUUCUGCCAUUAAAUUUAACGAAUUCCACGUCUGGAGUAUGCAACAUAUUCACGAUUCAUGACCUGUUCUGUUAAAGUAGCUACAUCAAAUUGUUAAAAUGGGCAGAUACAACAGAUCAUAAUGUAAAGAGUACAAUAAGAACUUAAUGCUGAACUCCCAUUCUUAGCUAACUACAGCGCUAAUAUCCUUCAAAAGAAAAAAGGGAUUCCCAUGAGAGGUUCAUAAUAAGCUAAAACAACAUUCUGGGUACUUCUGUGUGCACAGUGAUAAUAUGCUGUUAAAAAAAAUCUGUUUUGUUGCACUGAACAUCUGCAAACUCUUGAAUAUGCCACAGUUGUUUAAUGCCAAUCGAACAGCUUGUUGAUGAGCCUGUAUGAGCUUAAAACGAAUAGAAAACUUUAUAUAUAGUUCUACUGUUUCAGAAAGAACAUGUUAUUUAAACUUUGAGCUACUCUAUUGGAACAUACGCAAGCCAAGAAAUGCGUUGGGAAUUACAUUUCUGUGCAAGUCCAAACUAUUUUAAUUAAUUUUAGUCUCAUUUUUAACGACGACCUUAGUUACUGUGACUUGUUUAAAGGCCGACAUCUGUAUGAAAGAUGACUUCAUGCAUGUAGAUAAUAUGCACUCUGUGGUGUGUAGGAGUCUACAUGUGGCAGUACACUACCAGUCUUUACAAGCUGUAACACGAGGGGGGGGGGAGGGGCUUUAAAGGACUACAACACUAGUUUAGAGACACCAUUACUUACAGGGCUGAAGUUUUUUGGUUCAUUCUUCCUAAGAUGUCAAUCCCUCAUUUGUUAAUUAUCCAGUUUAGAACAGAACAAUGAGAUUAAUGAAAACACACAAGACUGCUGGAGAGGUUUACUACCUGCUCUCCACAUGACGCAUGGUUUCAUCAGAUCAACAGCUGCAGCUGAAGACCAUUAACAUACUGAUAGGGCAAUGAUUAGUGUGUAAUGUUAAGUCGAGCCAAUGUUUGAUCUAUUUCAGCUCUCUGUAGAAGUGUUGGUUGUUGUAGGAAUAUUUCACUAUGUUGGGGGACUUCUUUAAGAGAAUGUAACAGCUUUAUAUUCCUGCUGACCUCCCAUCAAACCUUCAUUAGGUUAUGUUUGAUUUAUUUUUCUCACACCCAACAAGGAAGCAUGCCCUCUCUCUAAACAUCCAUUGACAGGAAACACAGCAUUGCCCCCCCCCCCAACAUUCAUUUUCAUUGUGUUUUCAUGAGUUUUAUUUUUGAUUAGUCAUCCUCCCGCUCCAGAUCAGCUCAUGAUACUUUAGUGCAAGUAGCUGAAUAAGCAUAGUUUAGUAAGUGUAAAGAGCUUGAAUCCACUGUGAGGAUGAACAUUAUUUUGCUUCCUCUGUGAACACUUUUAUUUUGAAAAUGCCCAUUGAAUGUCACUUUGCACCCGGAAAACAAGCAACAUGCAUACCAAACAUACAAGAGCUAAAUAUGCUAAACUUAAUUGCCCUGUAGUAAGCUAGGAGUGGAAACUUUCCUAAUAUUGUUCCCUUUAUAGGACUUGUAAUACGCCAUAUAUCAGCCAUAGCAGAGGUAGAUGUCAAAUAGGUUGAACUCUUCUGGUAAGAUCUGGAGAGCACCGAGACCAUGAAAUGUGUCAUGCACGGAGGGAAACUAUUUCAAACUGCCAUGCAGAGAAUAUCAAACUUACUCAAAAGUAACCAUAGACCUUAAAAUGCUUUUAAAAGCAUCUAAAUGUAAAACUGUAGAAAAAGCAAACAAUGUAUUUUUUAGCAUUAUUUUCAACUGCCUUAUAAUUGAAUUUACUACCGCAGACGUGUGAUUUAGCCAAACCCUGCUCAUUAGUCUGCUACUUAGCCAACAUGGUGUCAUAGAUUCAGGACUGCAACCAAAAACAUUUUCCAAGAAUUUGUUCUCUCAGUGUCCAAACAAUAGUUCUGCAAGUAUACUACCAAGCCUAAGACUGGCAUCAUCAGCCAUUAUGUCUAUUAAUCAUGUGUCAUAUAAAAGCUUGAUUUAUUGAAUUUGACUGGUCACUUGCCAUUCUACUAGUUGUAAUAUCAUGCCUUACCAAACACGUUACCGGGUCAUAUUUCGUCGUGAAAAUCUUCUCUCCUUUCUUAACAUUUCAGCAGCUUGACGCGACAUUUAAUUAGGCUUUUUAAAUAAGAUGCCAAAUCAUGUUGUGGAAAAUAGUGAUGGCCAAGUUUAGAUAGUUAACCUGGUGGUAAGUCCUACUUAAUGAAAAAAACAGUUUGAUUCAAAAGACAGCCAUGAACAGCGCACAUGGUUAAGGUUAGCUCCUGUGAAAAUUCACAUUUAAAGGUUUUUGUUACGGAAAUAACGAUCUGCUUGUAAUCUGUAUUGAUUUCUUUUCCUUUUGGUUUUGGUGUCCGUUUUGCAGCAACACAAAAGUGUUCUGCAGGAUAGCAUGACGCUCUGUGAUAAUGCUUCAAUAAUAGACUCCAGUUGCAUCUGUUGUCUUCUAACGCCGGUGCCAACAUGGUUAUUCUUGGUGGGUUUUACAGAAAAAUUAAAGAGUCUGUUUUUUUAUUAUUUUAUUUUAACUGCUAUUAAAUUAAACCAUGAGUGAAACAUAAAUCAUAGACAUUGUUUUACGCUGCGGGCACCAUAUAUGUGUUGACAGUCACAAAAAAAAAAGAUCACUAAAUUGGCAAUGAAAUGGUUUUUCAGAGAUUGCUUGUUCUUGUCUACAUGUGGUGAACCUGAUGAAUCUUGUGCUCCAUCCAGAUUAAAGUUACCCUGACGAGUUAUAUACAGACGCUGUUCUAGCCCAGGCCUACUCCGGGUAAAUAACAAUAACACAAAAUAAGUCUCCUCUGUUCUGUCGCUAUUACAUCACUUUUUUUGUCUUUUGUUUUCAUAAUGCAAUGCACACGUUAUGAACUGUAUAUAUUGUAAAAUAAAAAUGGGUUUGUUUUACAUACUGUAUAAUUGCCUAUAUUUUGGUUCAGAAGUGUAACAGAUUUAUGAGAUGACAGGUUAACACAUUAAAAAGAAGGAUAUCAGCCA